AUGUUUCUGAGAGAUAACCUGACAUCCAAGUCUUUUUUGCAGAAAUACAUAUCUCCAAUCCAUGACAUUCCCCUCUAUGCAGAUAAGAACAUCUACUAUGCAGUAGUUGAGGUACCCAGAUGGACGAAUGCAAAAAUGGAGAUUGCAACCAAAGAACCUUUGAACCCCCUGAAGCAGGAUCUGCGUGAUGUGUGUAAUGUAUUUCCACAUAAAGUAUACAUAUGGAACCUCAGGUUUGUUUAUGAAACAUGAGAGGAUCCAGGACACAAUGAUGUAGACACAGGAUGUUCUGGGGACAAUUAUCCUAUCGAUAUGUGUGACAUUGGGAAAAGGGUCUGCUGGCGUGGAAAAAUCAUCUGUGUAAAAGUGUUGGGUAUACUGGCUUUAAUAGAUGAGGGAGAAACAGAUUGGAAAGUCAUUGUUAUUAAUGUGGAAGACCCCGAGGCUGACAACUUUAAUGAUAUUGAUGAUGUACGAAGACUCAAGCUGGGUUAUCUUGAAGGCAAAGUGCUAGAUGGAAAAGCAGAAAACCAGUCUGCAUUUAAUGGGGAAUUUAAAAAUAGGGUAAAGUAA